CCGCCCUCGGGGGAGCCGGGGCGCGAUGGUGCGGCCGCCGCCGCCGCCGCCCCGGUGACCCGCGCCCGGACUCCCCCGCGCCUGGUCCGGGGCCGCCCCCUGGUGCCCACCCCGGCCUUGGACGAGGAGGAGGAGCCGCCCCCGAGGGAGCCCGCAGGUGCGCCCCCCGGCUGCCCGGCCCCGACAUGUCCCGGCAGCACAGCCGAUUCGAACGAGAGUACCGCGGCCCCGGCUGGGAGCGCCGCGAGUGGAGCGCCAACGGCACCCACGGGAGCCUGAACAGCUGUAGCGGCCGGCCCGGCCUCCUGCCUCUGCCCAUCGUGCCCGCCAGGCUGCCCACACCGGCCGCCCCCUGCACCACGGGCAGCGGCGACGCCCUCCCCAGCCUCGUGGUCAGCUCCUCCUCGGUGGCCGCCAGCAAGACAGAGGAUAUUGGCGAGUGGGCGAUCCUCUUGGGCCUCUUUGGCAUGAUGACAUGGAGCUUGAUGGCAGUGGUCCCUGGCCUCUCCAAGGUGGAGACCCCAUCACAAGGCCUGGCAGCCAGCGUGCGGUGGGGACAGACGCCCAUCAAUCAGUCCACUCCUUGGGACACGGACGAGCCUCCACCUAAGCAGAUUCGGGAAAGUGAGAACCCAGGGGGCGCGCCGUGGGCGAACGCCGUGACCGCGGGCAGCCAGCCGGCCCUCCUGGCGCACUCGUACGGGGUCAGCCAGCCGCCCGCCUUCAGCCCGGCCGCGAGCGUGCCGGCGCCCGUCCUCGGGGUGAGCCCGUCGCUGCCGCUGCUGCCGGCGCCCUACCAGCUCCAGCCUCCGCCUGCGCAGCCGCUCAGCAACCUGGUGGUGACGCUGCCCAGCCAGAGCCUGUACGGCGGCGGCCAAGCCCUGGGCCUGUCCUCCGCGGCCCGCGCCGGCCCCCCCGCCGUGGGCAACGGGCACCUGGCGUGCCCCGUCCUGCCGCCGCCGCCCGACGGCGUGCCCGGCGCCAACGGGCCGGCGGGGCCCCCGGCCGCUCCCCCGGAGGCCGUGCAGAUGCUGCGGACCGUCGGCGUGGGCAAGUACGAGUUCACGGACCCCUGGCACCCCAAAGAAAUGUUGAAGGAGUUGAACCAGCAGCGGAAAACGAAAGAGUUCACAGACCUGAAAAUUAUUGUUGACGGCAAAGUGUUUGAAGUCCACCAAAAUGUGGUAGCUUCCUGCAGCUUGUAUCUCAAGGACCUGAUCAAAAGGUCUCCCCGCGAGCGCGAUGGCCGCGACAAGCUGGAGCUCAGCCUGCCCGACCUGCGGGCCGACGUCCUGGAGCUGCUCCUGGAGUUUGUCUACACCGGCUCGCUGACCAUCGACGCGGCCAAUGCCAAGACGCUGCUCGAAGCUGCCAGCAAGUUCCAGUUCCACACCUUCUGCAAAGUCUGUGUGUCCUUCCUUGAGAAGCAGCUGACCCCCGGGAACUGCCUGGGAGUGCUGGCCAUGGCCGAGGCCAUGCAGUGCAGCGAGCUGUACCACAUGGCGAAGGCCUUCGCGCUGCAGAUCUUCCCGGAGGUGGCGGCCCAUGAGGAGAUCCUGAACAUCUCCAAGGACGACUUCAUCGCAUACGUGUCCAACGACAGCCUCAACACCAAGGCGGAGGAGCUCGUCUAUGAGACCGUCAUCAGGUGGAUCCGGAAGGACCCAGCGACCCGAGCGCAGCACGCCGCCGAGCUGCUGGCUGUGGUGCGGCUGCCCUUCAUCCACCCCAGCUACCUGCUCAAUGUGGUCGACAACGAGGAGCUCAUCAAGUCAUCCGAGGCCUGCCGGGACCUGGUCAACGAGGCCAAGCGCUACCACAUGCUGCCUCACGCCCGUCAGGAGAUGCAGACGCCCCGCACGAGGCCCCGGCUCUCAGCAGGCGUGGCUGAGGUCAUCGUGCUGGUUGGGGGCCGGCAGAUGGUGGGGAUGAGCCAGCGGUCACUGGCCGCCGUCACGUGCUGGAACCCUCAGAACAACAAGUGGUACCCGCUGGCCGCUCUGCCCUUCUACGACCGGGAGUUCUUCAGUGUGGUCAGCGCCGGGGACAACGUCUACCUCUCGGGUGGAAUGGAGUCAGGGGUGACCCUGGCCGACGUCUGGUGUUACAUGUCGCUGCUCGACAACUGGAACCUGGUGUCCAGGAUGACCGUCCCGCGGUGCCGCCACAACAGUCUGGUGUACGACGGCAAGAUCUACACCCUGGGAGGCCUCGGUGUGGCCGGCAACGUGGACCACGUGGAGAGGAGCCCAUGUUCUGCCCACAGAUAUGACACAAUCACCAACCAGUGGGAGACGGUGGCCCCGCUCCCCAAAGCCGUGCAUUCAGCUGCAGCUACCGUGUGUGGGGGCAAGAUCUACGUGUUUGGAGGGGUGAACGAGGCCGGCCGGGCCGCCGGGGUGCUACAGUCCUACAUCCCACAGACCAACACGUGGAGUUUCAUCGAGUCCCCGAUGAUCGAUAACAAGUACGCCCCUGCCGUCACGCUCAACGGCUUCAUCUUCAUCCUGGGGGGCGCCUACGCCCGGGCCACCACCAUCUACGACCCAGACAAGGGCAGCAUCAAGGCCGGGCCCAACAUGAACCACUCGCGCCAGUUCUGCAGCGCGGUCGUGCUGGACGGCAAGAUCUACGCCACGGGGGGCAUCGUCAGCAGCGAGGGGCCGGCCCUGGGCAACAUGGAGGCCUACGAGCCGACCACCAACACGUGGAGCCUCCUGCCGCACAUGCCCUGCCCCGUGUUCCGGCACGGCUGCGUCGUGAUUAAAAAGUACAUCCAGAGCGGAUGAGCCGGGCCGGGCCGCCCGAGGCAGCCCCGCCGGACUCUGAGCACUCUCUGCACCGAAUGUAGGGACAUGGCCCGGCCUUCGGGGAAGCCGGGGCGUGGCUGGUGCUCCGUGCCGGGGAGGCUCCCGCCAGCCCAGGUGCAAUAGAAACUCCCUUUCUUACUUGCCGGGGUGGACGCCGCCUCUUCCCUCUCCCACGUCGAGGCGACCCGCUCAAGUGCCGGCGCUCCCCGGAGGCCCACUCAAGUUUUCACACCAUCUCAGGCGCCCAGCUUGGGCGGGGGAGGCCAGGGGGAUGACAGCCCCGGAGGUGCUGGGGGGCGGAGCCACGGGGCGGCCCAGCCCCCCUCCCCGGCAGAUUCCGGCUGCCAGAGGACAGGCACUUGGGCCUGCUCUCUCCCGUCCCGUCUGCACUCUACCUUUCCCCUUUCCAAGAGCAAAAGUGGGGGGGGAGGCUGAAAGGAGCAGGAGGUAAGUAGAGGGAGGCUUGGGGCAACAGACUGACCCUGCGUCCUCCCAACGGGGCCAUCCCACUACCUUUUCUACACUUAGAUUGGAGAUGCUGGGCUGCUCCCGUCCUUAUUCUAGGGAAUCCCGACGCCCCAGCAGCCCGAGGAAGCUGUGCCUUGUGGGGAGGCCCCUGGAGAGGCGGCUGCGGGGGCGGGGGCAGGGGAUCGGCCAUCCCCGGAGCGCAGGAGACUAUUUUUGAUAUGGAAAGCUAUAUACGGAGAGCUCGGGACGGGGACGGCCAGAGCGAGAGCCGGGCGCCCCCCACCCCCACCCCCGGGUCCCAGAAUGUAGCCCCUGACCGCACGGGCUGGCUCCCCCUCCCGGCUGCCGGAGCCCAGUGACGCGGCGAUGUGGGAGAUUAUUUAUUCUUUUCUUUUUCAAGUAAUAAGCACAACGAAACUCCACCCGUCCUCGGCCAUCGCGGGUGCCCAGGCCACGGGGCGCAGCCGGCGUCCCGCUGGGCAGGCGAUGCCUGGCGACGUGUCCAGUCCCCCUCCUCUCCUCAUCGUCACACUGGAGCAAAGCUGGCAACUUCUGGGAGCUGCCAGGACUGUACAGAACUGCGCCCAUCGGGUAGCUCUUGGUAUACCGUAAUAAAUCUAUUUAUAGACCUAGA